GUUGCCUCCACUCACGAGCGAGCUUGUAUCCUAGCAAAUCAUUGGCCCAGGUUCGGAUCACGCCCUAUCCGCACAAGUUACCGAUCUUUCUUACUUGUCUCCCCCUCUCUCCGUUGUUGGCUUGGAAUAUCAGCAUCAAGCAGCUGUUUGAAGCGCGUGGGCGAUCGUCGUAGCUGCGAGCUUGACACGAGAGGUGUGACCUUCCUUCGCGAACCUCGUCCGGUCGUCGCCAUGGCCGCCGUCGCUUGCACCUCUUGCGCCUCCCCCGCGACCUGCCUUGUGCAGAAGUCACUUGGGACCUCCUCCAGCCACCGCGCUGCUGCCAGGCCUGUCGCCGGUGUCCCUGUGCUUGCCAUGCCCAGGAUCGUGUGCUCAUUGGAGAAGAAGGAAUCCAACAAGGGUGACGUCAAUGGUCUCCCCCAACUCGCUGCCGCCGUGACCUCCGCAGCUACCAUGGCCUACGCCCACCCAGUGUUUGCACUCGUGGACGAGAGGUUGAGCACCGAGGGGACGGGCCUGGGUCUGGGCGUGAGCAACCCGAAGCUGACUUGGAUUUUGGUGGGCGUCACCGCGCUGGUGUGGGCAGUGUACUUCACAUACUCGUCAACCUUGCCGGAGGGUGACGAUGACUCGGGUUUGUCGUUGUAAAUUGUAGGAAUCGCUGCGUCCCCUGCCGCUGGGCGAAGCUACGGCUGGUAGCGUUUUAAUGUGUAUCAAUUAGUCGAACAUCCAACAUGAAAUUUGAGCAGAAGCUGUGUUUGUGUGCUGGUGUAUCGAUUUGUGCCGAUGAUGGGUAAACGGGACAGUGUACUUCGAGUGAGGCGGCGUGCUGACUGCGAUGUGGAUAGGGAGGUGUCUCUGGACUUGCUUGGCGAGAUCCUUGCAGGCUCCUGGGAACGUGCAGAAGCACGGAUACUGCAUGGACCUGUGAGUGCCGAAGAGAACUUGACCCGCAUGUUCGAGAUGGUCAUGUUGUUUGGUCAUUCGACAAAAAAGAAUAUAUAUAUAUAUAUAUAUAUAUAUAUAUUUACAUAUAUUGACACAUGUAUAAAUGUUAAACCGGAAUGAGGAUUGACGAGUGAAGUGGUGACCGGUAACCCGUGAUCGAAGAUGGCAAUGUCGGGACCGAAACAUUUGUGAUGGCGAGAAUCGGAGAACGGGAUCGGAAUCAUAAUUAUAGUUUCAUGUCCAACCGCAAGAUACUCGAGGAAAUGUAAUUAAUACGUGGAAUGUAACACUUGAUGUAUGCAA